AGUCGAGUCGAUCAGAGAAGGAAGGGGGAAAUAAAUGAAGGCAUGGCAAUCCAAGAUUUCAAGCCCAAAACAGACUGUUCGGUUAGAAAUCGACCAUACCAACACCGCCAUGAGCUUCGACACCACCAUGAGAGCUCAAUCCUCAACCCCUCAAAGCCCUACUUCCAAACGGAUGCUUGACCGCGCCCUCUCCUCUCGUAGAGUCCCUCAUCACAGCGGCGAUCUUGACGACGACGACGACGACGACGAUGUUUCGAAGACGAAGAAGCACAAUUUCUCCUUCACUCACCGGCUUUCCAAUUACUUUGCUCGAAUCGGACCCAUUUCGGCCUGUCUUGCGCUCCUUGCCUUAAUCCUUCUCUUGAUUUCCUCUUUGAUAUUCUUUCACUCCCGCAGAUUUGUGUGCGUUUCGUCUUAUGAUCAUAUUUCCCGCUCUGGAUUCUUCGGCGUGGACGGGCUGGAUUCGGAUUUCGGUUCCCUCGGUGUGCCCUGGUGCAGAUCGAAACAUGGAAAGACUGUGGAAUGGACUACAAAAGAUUUACUAAAGGGCUUGGAAGAGUUUGUCCCAAUUUAUGAGACUCGUCCCAUAAAAAACAACAUGUAUGGAAUGGGUUUUGAUCACAGCUUUGGCCUUUGGUUCAUUGCUCGUUGGCUAAAGCCAGAUUUGAUGAUUGAGAGUGGUGCAUUCAAGGGACACUCAACUUGGGUGUUGCGGCAAGCAAUGCCAGAUACGGCAAUUAUUUCGCUAUCACCUCGUCACCCCGAAAAAUACUUGAAGAAAGGGCCUGCUUACGUUGAUGCUAACUGUACGUACUUUGCUGGAAAGGAUUUUGUAGAUUUUGGAAGUGUUGCUUGGAAAAAAGUGAUGAAAGAACAUGGAAUUGAUGAUCUUAGUCGAGUUCUUGUGUUUUUUGAUGAUCAUCAGAAUGAACUAAAGAGAAUAAAGCAGGCUGUGAAAGCCGGCUUUCAACAUCUUGUUUUUGAGGAUAACUAUGAUACUGGUACAGGAGAUCACUAUUCUUUAAGGCAGAUGUGCGAUCAGUUCUAUAUUAAAGGAGGUGGGCACAGUUGCUUCAAGGACAGUGAUGAAGCUAGAAUCAGAGCAAAAAGGAAGUUGUUCUGGGAAAAGGCAGUGGAUAUAGAAGAACUUUGUGGUCCAUAUGAAUCCUGGUGGGGUGUCCGAGGCUACAUGCGUGACGAUUUUAACCAUAGUAAUAGGGCUAUUUCCCAUGCCGAGCACUUCCAAAACAGCAGGUACCUGGAGUCAAUUCUUGAUGUUUAUUGGGAGCUGCCUCCAGUUGCUGGCCCUUCCUUAACACACCAGACUAGAUACGAUCCUGCUCGUGUUUCCAGCCCUAUUGUCGAAGAUGGCAGGUACGGGUUGUUCCGACGGCUUGGUUUAGCUCAACUCGAGACUUCUGUAUUUAACGGAUACACACAGAUGGUCUAUAUUCAGGUAUCUUAACAAUAGCUGGGAGAGGAUAUGGCAGAGAUUAGGCAUUUUACCCUACUGUCAAUAGUUAAAGACCUUAAGGUCUUACCUGGUUUAUCUUGUAGUCGUCCCCUAGUCAUGAAAUGCCAUCUUUUUUCCUCACCCCUUCUGUUUUUCAUAUUUGAAGUCAAGUUAGGGACAGAUGCUCUGUUCAAACAUAUUACUAGUGGUUUUGUUGAUGACAGUUUUACACAUCGCCCAUACCGA